AUGUUGGUUAGAUGGUUGUCGGUGAGGGUGAUGAUUUUGAGGCAUUUACAGUAUCUUCGCUGCCUGAUACGUGUACACGUCGCCAGCGAACACAGUUGCCACAGCGGGGCAGCCCUUGCCAACCUCGACCCCUGUACUGCAAACUACUUUUCCCCAACCAGUCCGUCAACUUCUUUUCCGACUUCACUUCGUCCCCUUCUUUCCCCCUUGGUCAACACCAACGUUCCGUCCUCCCUCCCUCUCUCAACCCACAUACCCACUCUAACAACGCCCACCGCUUUCCCUAGCUUCCCUUCCCCUAAAUCCCCCCCCCCACCAUGGCGUCUGCGCGCCCCUUUCUCCUCCUCCUCCUGCUUCUCCUGCACCUGCUGCACACCUCGGCCACCUCAUGGAAGUCGACAGAGCUCCCGAACCCCCAAGACGACCCCGCGGGUCUAUGCGGCCGUGGCGGCUUGCAUUCGUCCGUGUGCGACCCCGACGGCCUUCUUUCGCUGUCCGACGCCGACACCAUCGACGGCUUCAUUAACUUCAUCCACGAUGGCACCCACGGCUAUACAAAGCUAA